AUAUCAUUUCGCGUUGAUGCCGAUAAGGGAUUUAAUUUCUCUUGUCCUGAUGGUGCAUUCGUAUGCCAGAAGAAGAACCACUUCCAGGUAACCAUCACGACUUCAUUAGAGUCCACUCCAGUUUAUGCUAAAUCAGAAAACGGAAGUAUGGUUGCAAUACGCAAGAUGUACGUCGAUUUAUAUGGAAUAAAGGCUGAAUCUCCAGACUCGAUGGUGAAAAUUGAACAAUCACAAUCCGAUCGUAGUAAACGACCAUAUGAAUCGAUUGAAAUUGAUCUCAGUACUCAAUUACAACAAAAGACCACUCUUGGAAGACUUCAUUUUAGUGAAACCACUGCAAAUAAUAUGCGUAAGAAAGGAAAGCCAAAUCCAGAUCAAAGAUAUUUCUGUCUUGUUGUUGCUCUUUACGCCGAAUUGAAAGAUAAUACUAAGCGUCUAAUCGUAGCUCAAAAAUCUGAAAAGAUUAUCAUACGGGCAUCGAAUCCUGGACAGUUUGAGAGUGAUGGAGACUCAUUAUGGGCUAAGGGCUCGUCACCAGAUACUGUUAUUCAUAUGGGACAUGUUGGCAUUAAUACUCAAACCCCUGAUGAAGCUCUAGUUGUUCACGGAAAUGUUAAAGUAACUGGCCAUAUCACCCAUCCCUCUGAUGAAAGAGUGAAACAUGAAGUCCAUGAGGUAAAUUCAUCUGAACAAUUAAGAAACGUUGAAAAUAUGAAGCUAGUGCAGUUCAAAUAUAAGGAACAGUUUGCUGUUCCAGCUGGUCUUGAUCCAUCUUUGUUGCACACUGGUGUCUUGGCUCAACAAGUGAAGGAAGUUAUACCAGAUGCAGUCAUUAAAACAGAGGAUGUACUACUAGCGAAUGGAGAAAAAGUAGACGGGCUCAUGGUUGUCAAUAAGGUACUUAAUAUUGAUGCUUUGAUUUUGAUUGUUGCGCGUUCCGAUUACAAUGCAUUAAUAUACUAUAUUUUCAAUAAUAAAGGAUCGAAUUUAUAUGGAGAACGUUGGAGCAGUAAAAGAACUAUGUAA